AUGUCGUCUCCCCAGCACUACUACGGCUCCCUCGCCAGCGGUCGUGCCAUCUCGCCUCCGCCCGGAUCACGACCAUCUCUGGAUGCCGAUCGCGCCGAUACCUCUGGAGAUCACCAGCUCCAGCAAGACCUUGACGCAGCUCGACAGAUGAGCAAGGCCCGUGGUGGUGCACAAGACCCCAGUCCAGCUCGAGGCAACAUCUCUGACGACCAAGCCGAGCCUUACUUCCACGAAGGUCUCAAUCGUAGCCCUGCUCCAGUCCCUGUCCGAGCUCCCGCUCCCCCCUCAUCCUCCGCUGCCGCCGCUCGCUUCUACCAGCACAACCGCAAUGCAUCCAACACCAGUCUCGACAGCCAGCAUCAUUUCAUCGACCAUCGUCACCAGGCUCACUCCCUCAGCAAUGUACACUCUCCCUCUGCUCUUCGUGGACGCUCGGCUCUCUCGCGCACUCCCAUGCGUAGCCCCAACACCUACUUCCCUUCCCGCACCAACGAGCAUGCUCUCAUCCAUGUUGAUGAUCAUGACGAUGCGAUCGAUGGCGAGGCUUCUCACCUCUCUCGCCGUACUCAACACAUCCGUCGCAGCAGCCAUCAAUCUGGACCUUCUUCCGAUGGCCCUGACCUUCUUGAUGAUGAUCCGGACGCACAGCCUCGUUUCCGACGCAACUCGACUGUCGAGGAUGACGUCUGCUUCCCCCUCCACGAUACCCAUGCUUCGGAUGGUCCUCUUCACGAGACUCUUCCCGCGAUCCUGCACGACAAAGUAAGAGCCGCCUAUGGUUCUCGCACCGACAACGGCUACGUCCCACUAGGCUACCCUUUCACCUUCGACCUUGCUGCGCUUGAAGAGUUUGCCUCCGACGAGCGAGAUCGUAUCGGUAUGGCUUCCUCUUACAAUGCUGCCCGCUCUCCCGGACAAGGCUUGCGACAACGAGGCGGUGCAGCACAGAAGGGUUCUCGUGGAGGCCCAGCCUACGGUGUCUCUCCCGACAGUGACGAUGCCACCUUCUACAGCCGACGCCCGCGCAAGCUCAGCACCUCGGCAGGUGCGUUUGGCAGCAGCAAGUACCAACGCAAGCUUGCACUCUUCGAGGGCGGAGGAUCUGCUCCACCUCCCGUCGCUGCUGGCGCCGCAACUUCCAACAGUACCUUGGGCACUAGCAGUGCGCUAGCACCGGGUACACCCGGAGACAGGAAAGGCUCCAUGGAUGUCAACACCCCCUUGCUCGACAAUGACACGCUCCCCUCCUACCACAACGCUGGCAGCAGCGGUGCUUCUCGCAUGCAUCACUCUCAAUCGCAGAGUGCCAUCACUCCUGGCGCAGGUGGCCACAGCAGAGCAAGGUCUGGCACGGGAGCUUACAGCACCCGUGGAGAGAAGCCUUAUCGAUUCACCUUCUACUCAAACGCCUUGCCCUCCACCAUCCACGCUCGCCAUCUUUCUGAACUGCCAGCGGACGGUCAGACCUUCGAAGAACUCUUUGCCGGUCGCGAGAAGAAGAACAGCGACCAUUCACCUCCUACUGAAGGCAGUCAGAGCCGUAACGCCAGUCGAGCACCCACCAUCAAUGCAGCAACCGCACGCAUGUCCUCCCUCGGUCAGACUUUCGGUCGUAUGGAAGGCACAACCGCUCCACCCACCGGCUCCAACACGCCCGUACACAAUGGCGAGGAAGCAGCACGAGCAAUGAGUGGGCUCUCCGCCAGUCGCACCAAAGCCCUUCCCGGAGGAGGGAUCCGCAUGGACCCCGACCCGGAAGCCAACACCUGGUGGCUCGAUGUUCUCUCCCCUACCGAUCAAGAGAUGAAACUGCUCAGUCGAGUCUUUGGCAUCCACCCUCUUACCACCGAGGAUAUCCUCAUGGAGGAAACACGUGAAAAAAUCGAGCUAUUUCGCAACUACUACCUCGUCUGUUUCCGUUCUUUCGAUCAAGACCCCUAUAGUCCCACUUACUUGGAGCCUUUGAACAUGUACAUCAUCGUGUUCCGUGAAGGUACACUCUCUUUCCACUUCCGCGGUACACCUCAUCCGCAAAACGUACGUCGACGUAUCAAGCAGCUUAAAGACUACAUCAACGUCACUUCGGAUUGGAUCUCGUACGCGCUUAUCGACGAUAUCACCGACGCUUUCGGCCCCUUGAUUCAGAGUAUCGAGUACGAAGUAGACUCGAUUGAUGAACUCGUACUCAUUUUGAAGGAGGCGGAACAGUCGGAUAUGUUACGACGUAUCGGUACCUGCCGAAAGAAGGUUAUGGGUUUGUUGCGGUUGAUGGGCAAUAAGGCCGAUGUCGUCAAGGGUCUCGCCAAGCGUUGCAACGAGAAUUGGAGCGUUGCUCCCAAGUCAGAUAUCGGUCUCUAUCUGAGUGAUAUUCAGGAUCACUUGAUUACCAUGACGCAAAACUUGAAUCACUACGAAAAGAUUCUUUCCAGAUCACACUCGAACUACCUCGCGCAGAUCUCGAUCGAAAUGACCGAUGCGAACAACCAGAUCAACGACGUGCUUAGCAAGUUGACAGCGUUGGGUACAGUGAUUGUUCCGAUGAACGUCAUUACUGGUUUGUGGGGUAUGAAUGUCAAUGUGCCGGGAGAGGGAGUGGAGAAUCUCAGAUGGUUUGCCGGCAUUUGUUCGGUGAUGGUGGUGAUUGCAGUGUCCGGUUACAUUGCUGCUACGAGAUAUUUGGAGCGAUCGCACUAG